AUGUCAACAUUAUUUAAUGUGACUUCUGUCGACGACGAAUUGUAUAAAACUGAGAUGAUUGAUUUAGUUAGGAGCAUAAAGCAUCUCACUACGCCCUAUCAAAAGCACUUGACCUCACCAAUAAAAAGAAGAAAAAUUACAAAUUUAGAAGUCAACACAUCACAGAACAGCGCACAUUUCUACAGUUAA